UGUUCCAAGGGAGGCUUUUUAUUGUAAGAAGCUGCGGAGGCUAAUAGCGCAGUCACCGUGUCCCCGCCCCGCUAGGGUUUCACUUUUCACUUCGCCACCCCCUUCCCCCUCUUCCCCCCCUCGUCGCAAAGAUGAGUCGUCACCCUGAAGUGAAGUGGGCUCAGAGGAUUGACAAAGUUUACAUCACUGUGCAAUUGCCUGAUGCAAAAGAUGUUAAGGUUAAUUUGGAGCCCGACGGUAUCUUCACCUUUUCUGGCACCGCUGGAUCCGGCAAUAACUUGUACGAGUUAAAAAUGGAUCUCUUUGAUAAAGUGAAUGUCGAGGCGAGCAAAAUAAACACAGGUGUCAGGUCUAUAUUCUGUGUAUUAGAAAAGGCUGAGAAAGGAUGGUGGAAGAAGCUGUUGCGUGGUGACCAGAAAACUCCUCACUAUAUAAAAGUAGAUUGGGACAAGUGGGUGGACGAAGAUGAUGAUGGUGGCGACGUGGACUUAGGAGGAAUGGAUUUCUCGAACUUUGGAGGCAUGGGGGGUGAUGGGAUGGAUGAUGAUCUCGAAGAUAGCGAUGAUGAAGAACAAGAAGUGGAGAAACCUUCGACCGUGGAGAAGACUGAAGACGAGGAGAAGACCGUGGAAACCCCUUCAGAUGCCAAAAUGGAAACAUCAUCCGCGAGCACGUAAAGGCGGCUUCUUCCAUUAAAGAUAACAUGAUUUGGGUAAACUCGGCUGUUUUCGUGGACAGCGAUAUCUGAUUGUGCUUUUUCUUGUGGGCUGCUGCUUAUUUGUUUGUACCUUGCUAAAAUUGAGUUAUGUGUAUCAUCUUCUGGUAAUUAUUUAGGGAUUUGGGACUAAAGUCAGGUCUUUGAGGUGAUCAAAGGUAAAAUUAUUUUCGCGCGGACUUUUUUCUGUUGCUGGAUGUGCUUCUAAUUUGACUAUGAUUGGUCUGAUAUUAUUGCAUUUCUUCUUUGUUCUGUACUGUUUUUAUUUUA